CCUCGCGGCCGGAGCCUCCGUCGUCGGGCUUUUCCUCCGGCUUCGCUUGGCCAUGAGUAGCUACGCGCUGGAGCCUUUGGGCGCGCCGUCCUACCGGCGGGUGGCGGAGAGCCGCACCACCUUCACGCGGGCCAGCCUCUCGCCGUCGAGCAGCGGCUUCCGCUCCCAGUCGUGGUCCCGCAGCGCGCCCAGCUCGGCCGCCUCGGUCAGCCUGCGCGGGGGAAGCGGCGGAGGAGGAGGCGGUGGCGGCGGGACGGCGAUGCUGAUGAUGCGGGGCUCGUUCGGCUCGGCGUCGGAGAGCCUGGAGCUGAGCCAGGCGUCGCUCUUCAACGGCGUGGCGUCCUCCCUCGAAGGCGGGAAGCGCUCCAACGAGAAGGAGCAGCUGCAGGGCUUGAACGACCGCUUCGCCGGCUACAUCGAGAAGGUGCACUCGCUGGAGCAGCAGAACCAGGCGCUGGAGGCGGAGAUCGCGGCGCUGCGGGCGAGGCAGGCCGGGCGCUCCGAGCUGGGCGAGGCCUUCGAGGCGGAGCUGCGGGAGCUGCGGGCGGCGCUGGAGGCCACGGGCCGGCAGAAGGCGGCGCUGGCGCUGGAGGCCGAGCGGCUGGAGGAGGACGUGCAGCGCCUCAAGGAGCGCUUCGAGGACGAGGCGCGGCUCCGCGACGACACCGAGGCGCUCAUCCGCGCCCUGCGCCACGACGUGGAGGAGUCCUCGCGCGCCCAGGCCGAGCUGGGCAAGAAGGCGCUGGCGCUGCAGGACGAGGUGGCCUUCCUCCGCGGGAGCCACGAGGAGGAGGUGGCCGAGCUGCUGGCCCAAGCCCAGGCCUCCUCCCGCCUGGCCGCCGCCGAGAGGCACGACGCCUUCCUCCGCAGCGACCUGGCCGCCGCCCUCAAGGAGAUCCGCGCCCAGCUCGAGGGACACUCCGGCCACAACCUGGCCCAGGCCGAGGAGUGGUUCCGCGGCCGCUACGCCCAGCUCUCCCAGGCCGCCGAGCAGAACAAGGAGGCCCUCCGCGCCGCCAAGGACGAGAUCGCCGAGUACCGGCGCCAGCUCCAGGCCAAGAGCGUCGAGCUGGAGGCCGUGCGCGGCACCAAGGAGUCCCUCGAGAGGCAGAUCUGCGACGUCGAGGAGCGCCACGGGCAGGACCUGGGCACCUAUCAGGACACGAUCCAGCAACUAGAAAACGAACUGAGAGGAACCAAAUGGGAAAUGGCUCGCCACUUGAGGGAGUACCAGGACCUCCUCAAUGUCAAGAUGGCUCUCGACAUUGAAAUUGCCGCAUACAGGAAACUUCUUGAAGGUGAAGAGACAAGAUUCAGUGCCUUCUCCGGCAGCAUUACUGGGCCAACAUUCACACAUAGGCAACCUUCCGUCACAAUAUCAAGUAGCAAAAUCCAGAAAUCCAAAGCUGAACCGCCAAAGCUCAAGGUCCAACAUAAAUUUGUAGAAGAAAUCAUUGAAGAAACCAAAGUUGAGGACGAGAAGUCUGAACUGGAUGAGGCCCUGGCAGCCAUGGCCGAAGAGCUGGCGAGUGGAACUAUGCCCGAGGAAGAGGAAGAGGGAGGAGAAGCGGUGGAAGAGGAAAUAGUCGCAGAGGAAAAGGCUGAGGUUGAAGCAGCAGCCCCAGAAGCUGAGGAAGAAGGAGGAGAGGAAGAAGAGGAGGAGGAAGAAGCAGAAGGAGAUGCAAAAUCCGAUGAGGCAGAAGAAGGUGGCUCUGAAAAAGAAGAAGAAAAGAGUGAAAAGGAGGAGGGCGAGGAAGAGGAGGAGGCUGUUGAGGAAGAAGGCGAGGGAGAGGAAGCAGAGGGCAAGGAAGGAGAGGAGGCUGCCGAAGAAGGGGAAGAAGAGGUUGAGGAAACCAUCGCAGCCACAAAAGUAGAAAAGGCCAAAGCAUCUCCACCCAAGUCUCCUGUGGGAGAUGAUAAGGAGAGUAAAAGCGGUGACCAGAAAGGAGAGGAAGCGGAGGAAGAAGAGAAAGAAGGCUCACCAGCAAAGGAAGGCUCUCCAGAGAAAGCAGGGACACCAGAAAAGGGGAGUACUCCAGACAAAGCUGGGACUCCAGAAAAGUCAGAUUCUCCAAAGAAGGCUGGAACACCAGAAAAGGGAUCUCCUGAAAAGCCAGGAACUCCAGAGAAAGGGUCUCCUGAGAAGGCAGGGACUCCAGAGAAGGCAGGGACGCCCGAAAAAGCAGGAACCCCAGAGAAGGUGGCUUCUCCAGAAAAAGGAGGGACUCCAGAGAAGGCAGGGACUCCAGAGAAAGCAUCUUCUCCAGUGAAAGCGGGGACUCCAGAGAAAGCAGCUUCCCCAGUGAAGGCAGGGACUCCAGAGAAAGCAGCUUCUCCAGUAAAAGCAGGGACUCCAGAAAAGGCAGGGACUCCAGUAAAAGCAGGGACUCCAGAAAAGGCAGGGACUCCAGAGAAGGCAUCUUCUCCAGUGAAAGCAGGGACUCCAGAGAAGGCAUCUUCUCCAGUAAAGGCAGGGACUCCAGUCAAGGCAGGGACUCCAGAGAAAGCAGCUUCUCCAGAAAAGGCAGGGACUCCAGAGAAAGCGGCUUCUCCAGAAAAGGCAGGGACUCCAGAGAAAGCGGCUUCUCCAGUGAAAGCAACUGCAGAGAAAGCAGCUUCUCCGGUGAAGGCAGGGACUCCGGAGAAAGCGGCUUCUCCAGAAAAGGCAGGGACUCCAGUGAAAGAAGAGAUGAUCUCAGUCACCAAGGUAGAAAAAGUUAGUGUAGAGAAAGAAUCCAAGGGGGAAAAGAAAGAAACGAGCGAGAAAGCCUCCAAGGAAUCAACCAAAGAAGACAUUGCUGUGAAUGGGGAGGUGGAAGAUAAAGGAGAGGAGGCCAAGCAAGUUGAGGAGGAAGACAAAGGGGUGUUCACCAAUGGCCUGGAUGUGAGCCCCGUUGAAGAGAAGAAAGGGAAGAGCGAGGAGAAAGUCGUCGUAACCAAAAAAGUAGAGAAAAUCACGAGCGAAGAGGGUGACGGGACCACGACAUUUAUUACAAAGUCUGUGACGGUCACGCAGAAGACGGAAGAGCAUGAGGAGAAUGUUGCCGAGAAGUUGGUGUCCACCAAGAAGGUAGAGAAGGUCACUUCUUCACACGCCGUUAUGAAAGAAGUGAAGGAUAGCAAUUAAGAUAACCUUUUCCCCCUUCCCCCUCUAAAGAGCUUAGGUCCGUGCAAAAGGUUAAGCCAUAUGACAGCUGCAAAAUGCAUGUAAGUGACGGCUUCUCAACAGAACGGGUUCUCUCGUGGCGUCUCCAGAAACACUCGACUUUCUUUUUUUUCGUUUCUUUUUGUGCACUACCCAGGGAUCGGGAGAGGAAUGCAUGCAAGUCCGACGUGCUCCCUCUGCAGAACUUGGGGAAUUCCCAAAAUUAAAAAAAAAAUGCAUGAGCUGUUAUUCUUACAGAGGAACUUGCCGAAUUUCCUAAUCUGCUGAUGGGACACUUCUGAGGAACAUCUUGAGAUGUAUUAUGCAAAGAGUCAACUGAGCCAAAUACAAACCAACCAUAACAAAAGGAUGAAUGACAAUGAUAAUAAUACCCCUCAAACUCUCCCAGCCUUAAGCUAUUUAAUAAUUAUGUUUACCUCACUGGUGCAAUUAAAGAUGGAUGUCUGUCCAUGGGAGAACCUACCUUGACAUGCACAGUACGCAACGUUUUGUUGUUUGAUGUAAAGCAGUCACAGCUGUUCAUGCUCAAUAAAGGUCAUAUUGGAAACGUG